AUGGCAUUUCCUGAAACCCACCCCCAUAUGCCCAUUAGAUCUAUAAGUCUACCAUCAAGAAUACACCAUCCUUGUACUACAUUCCAAGCUGCUCUCUCUCAACUUCAGACUUGCCAGAACUCAUUCUCUGAUUCUCAGUCUCUUCAAGUAUCAUUACUCAAUCUCUCUGAGCUUUACCAUUCUCUCUACCAGCUCAAUCACUCUCUUCCCACCGCUCAAGCCGAACAUACUCUUGACGUGUCAGCCACAUUACUGGACGCUUGUGACGCAGCGAGAAACCUAAUCCUCACUCUCAGAGAGCAUCUCCUCAACCUUCAGUCUGCACUUAGGAGAAAAGGAAAGUCCAUGGAGGUCCAGAUCAAAGAGUACUUUGUCUUCAGAAAGAAGAUCAAGAAAGAGACUAGUAAGCUUAUUAUUCGCCUCAAGAAGCUGGAUGGCUCUGAGACCACAGCGUUGGCCGUUUCUCUCUUGAGAUCUCUUUUCAUGUUUCUGUCCACAACAACGUCGAUGAAGACAAAUACCUGCACUCUCAAAUUCGUGUCAAAGCUUAUUGGUAGUGGUCGUUCGUCAUCGUCAAUAAUGAGCGAGUUGGAGAAUCUUGAUUUGGUUUUGCGUUCUGAUGGAGAUAACUCCAAGGAAGUGAAGAAGACUUUGGAGAUAUUAGAGGAGAGAACAGAAGGACUUGAAGCUGCACUUGAUUAUCUUUUUAAGUCUCUUGUCCAAUAUAGAGUUUAUUUGCUUAACAUUCUUACAACACACUCUUAG